AAAAAGUGUAGAACAAAGUUAGAUAUAGAAAUGGAGGAGAAUGUUGUGUACACUAAUGCUUCUCUUUCUGCACUCCAGUUAGAACAUGAUCAAAUACCAACUAAUGGAGAAGGAGAAGAAGAAGAAGAAGUUUCAUCUAGAAAAGCAGGAGGAUGGAGAUCUAUUAAAUAUAUCAUUGGUAAUGAAUCCUUCGAGAAAUUGGCAUCGAUGAGUUUGAUCGCGAAUCUAACAGUGUAUCUUCUGACGAAUUAUAAUCUAAGUGGAAUAUUUGUGGUGAAUGUGGUGCAAAUUUGGAAUGGAUCUUCAAACAUUGCAUCAAUAGUUGGUGCUUUCAUUUCUGAUGCUUAUAUUGGAAGGUUCAGGACCCUCCUAUAUGGCUCUAUUUCAUCACUUCUGGGUAUAUUGACCAUCACACUAACAGCUGGUAUACAUCAAUUGAGACCGAUUACCUGCGAGGAUGUUCAAAAACCAGAUUGUCAACAUCCAAAAGAUUGGCAACUAGCAGUUCUCUUUGGAGGUCUAGCUCUAUUAUCCAUCGGUGCCGGCGGAAUUAGGCCUUGCAACAUUGCUUUUGGUGCUGACCAAUUUGAUACCAACACAGAAAAAGGAAAAGGACAGUUAGUGAGUUUCUUUAAUUGGUGGUACUUCACUUUCACCAUUGCACUUGUUAUAGCACUCACCGGUGUUGUCUAUAUUCAAACAAAUGUAAGCUGGACUUUAGGAUUUGCAAUUCCAACGUUGUGUCUCGCUUUCUCAAUAACCAUCUUUCUGUUAGGCCAUAAAACUUACAUUUACAAAAAACCUCAAGGGAGUGUUUUUACUGACAUUGCAAAGGUGAUUUCAGCAGCGUGUCGAAAACGCAAACUUCACCUUUCUGAUAGAACUUUAUAUGAUCCUGUUUCAACAUUGUCAGAAUCAGAAAACAUUAGGCUUGUUAAGACGGAUAGGUUCAAGUUCCUUGAUAAGGCGGCUAUAAUAGCCGAUCCAAGUGAACUUAACAACGAAGGUAUUGCGAAAAAUGGUUGGAGACUUUGUAGUGUGCAACAAGUUGAACACUUGAAAUGCUUGCUUGGAAUUCUACCAGUUUGGAUGACAGGAAUAUGUUGUUUCAUUGUAAUGGAUCAACAGAACACAUUUGGCGUGCUUCAAGUUUUACAAACCGAUAGGUCUAUUGGAUCGCAAUUCAAGGUUCCGCCAGGUUGGAUGAAUUUAUUUUCAAUGAUAGCACUUUCAAUUUGGAUAUACAUUUAUGAGUGUAUCUACAUUCCUAUAAUGAAGAGAAUCAAGAAAAAGGCUACAAAAAGAAUGAGCAUGGGAUGGAGAAUCAGAAUUGGGAUUAUAUUAUCCAUCUUAUGCAUGUUAGUAGCUGCAAUUGUUGAGAAGAAGCGUCGUGACACGGCUUUAAAACACGGCUUGUUUAUUUCGCCAGUGAGCUUCGGUUUACUCUUGCCACAGUUCGCACUGUCGGGCUUAAAUGAAGCCUUUGCUGCUGUUGCUAUAAUGGAAUUUUUUACCUUACAAUUGCCGGAAUCUAUGAGAACCGUUGCUGGCGCCGUCUUCUUUUUGAGCUUGUCCAUUGCUAACUACAUUGGUUCAUUAGUUGUCAAUAUUGUUGAUAGUGCAACAUCUCAAAAAGGAAAAACACCUUGGUUAGGUGGUCAUGAUUUAAAUCUAGUUAGGCUUGAUUACUAUUAUUACUUAAUUGCUUCCUUAGGAGUUUUGAAUUUUAUCUAUUUCAAUUUCUUUGCUAGCCAUUAUUUAAUAAGUAGCAAGGACACUGAGGUGCAAGAUGAUGAGGAGAAGGUUUUGGAAAUGGUAGGCACUAGAUGA